GCAUGCGCAGUGUGGUUACGCAAUUGUUUCAAAGGUUGUGUACAGCGAUCCACGUUUUGGGAACAGAAUGUUAUUAUCCGUCAAGAGGGAGAUAAGCAGGUUUUUCAACAGCCGAAAGUAGAGGUACGUCUUUCUUUUUAUUCAGGUGUGUGUCGAGCGAUGUUGCCGUGACGAGGAGGAUGAGCGAGGCAGCGCUGGGCGUGGUGGUCGUGCUGGCCUUCUUCCUGGCUCUCUUCCUGUUGCAUCGCUAUGGUAACGUGCGGAAGCAGCAACGCCUGGUGCUGUUGGGGACGUUGCUGGCCUGGUACCUCAGUAUCCUCAUCAUCCUCAUCCUGCCUCUCGACGUCAGCACGACCAUCUAUAACCAGUGUAAGAUAGACAACGAGCCACAUGGGAAUGCUUUGACCAGUGCGCACGCUGCCAACCAGACCUCAUCCAACACCUCCGUCAUCCCCACCGGCCGUCCCCUGAAGGUGUGUUCUAAACCCUGGAGCUACAUCUCAGAUGGGAUCCUGCCGGUGUUCUGGCGUGUGGUCUACUGGACAUCACAAUGUCUCACCUGGCUACUGAUUCCCUUCAUGCAGUCCUACGCUCGUUCCGGAGCGUUCUCCAGGGCAGGGAGGGUGAAGACGGCGCUGAUAGAGAACGCUGUCUACUACGGAACCUACCUGCUCAUCUUCAUCUCCCUGCUUGUCUACCUCGCCGCUCACCCUCAGUGGCACCUCACCUGGCGUGAGCUCCAGACCAUCGGUAUCGCCACGGCCAACACCUGGGGCCUCUUCCUGUUGGUGCUCUUGCUAGGCUACGGCCUGGUGGAGAUCCCCCGCUGCUAUUGGAGGGCUUCUCGCCACGGUUACCUGCUGGCCAAUACCUACUUCAAGGUGGCCAAGAUGGCGGUGGAGAAGUCCGAGGCAGAGGAGGGGCUGGAGGAUGCCUUGGAGGAGGUGGCCAGCGUGCAUCAGGCCAUCAGCUUCAGACACCCUCUCAGGAGGUGUGUUGACACCAUCCUGAUGAAGUGUCCUAUAGAGUACCAGGAGAGGCUGGGCAGGAACACAGAGAGCCCUGCGGCGGAAACCCAGCAGAACCUCCUCCCCUCCAAGACCAGCCUGGUGAAGCUGCACAAACAGGUGAUCUGGUGGGUGCAGAGACACAGCCAGACCCAGGUCCAAUGGAGGAUCCUGCUGGAGCGAGCCUUCCGCCUGGAGGACGUGUCCAAGAACCAGAGCAGCCAGACCCACCAGUUCACCCACAGCUUCCCCAGCGAGCAGCCCCAGUCCUGGGCCCGCUCCCUCCUCUAUCCCCCCUGCAUGGAGUGGUUCUGGGAGUGUGUUCUUAGGGCGUGGUUCUACCGGGUUCUGGCGGUGGUUCUGUCGCUCAUGUCCCUGGCUGUGGUCUGGUCCGAGUGCACCUUCUUCAGCACCAGGCCCGUUCUCUCUGUGUUCGCUGUUCUGGUCCAUCUGGCCGAGGAAGACUACAACUACCUCUACAUAGAGAUGGCGUGCUUUGCCACCAUCUUCUUCCUGUGUGUGUGUGUGUACUCCACCGUGUUCCACAUCCGAGUGUUUAACUACUACUACCUCGUACCCCACCAGACUGACGCCUACAGCCUGCAGUUCAGUGGCAUGUUGUUCUGUCGCCUGACUCCGCCCCUCUGCCUCAACUUCCUGGGUCUCAUCCACAUGGACUCCACCAUCUCCCACCAGGACAGACAGCAGACCGCUUACACCUCCAUCAUGGGCUCCAUGCGGCUGCUGUUCUUCAUAGCAGACGGGUUCUACAUCUACUACCCCAUGCUGGUGGUUAUCCUCUGCAUCUCCACCUACUACAGUCUUGGUAGCCGCUGUCUGAACCUGAUGGGCUUCCAGCAGUACAUGAGUAACCACGACGACCUGACCUCUGACCUGGUGGACGAGGGGCGGGAACUCAUCAGACGAGAGCGCCGGAGGCGUCAGAGGAGAGAGGAGGGGGAGAGUCGGAGACAGGUGAGCCCCUCAGAACCUCGGUUCAAACCCCCCACUGUACCCUGGGGCUCUGCCCAACUCUGUAAAGGGCCGGUGCACCCAGAUAACGCUGUCUCCUGUGUGGGGUUCCAGGGCUGGCGGGGGAGGUACGCGGAGAGGCAGGACGCGGGGAGCAUCAGGAGGGGGAACUCAGCGCUGAAGGACAGCGAGUCGUCUACGGAGAGCACAGCAGGGCUGCUGAGCUCGUGGGCCGAGGAGAACGACCCAGCAGAGCACCUGCAGCCUCUCUACACAGCACACACACUCUCCCUCCCUCAGGUGCUGGUGUGUGAGAGAGAGAGAGAGUGUGUGUGUGUGUGUGUGUGAGAGAGAGAGAGAGAGAGAGAC